CAAUUUGCCGAUAGAUGGCACUGUGCAGAAUUAUAUUUAGUAUAGGUACUUCUGAUCAAAAGUCUUUCGCCUUUAUAGUUACACAAGAUAAUUCAAAGUUUGUACGGAACCCUCGGUGCGCGACUCAAUCGAACUCGCACUUGACCGGUUUUUUUUUGUUAAAUAGUAUUUAUAGUCUCCGCUGUUACGAAGAAAAGGAUGCUUUUCUCAAAUCACCAGGAUGUAUUGAUUCACGGUUUCUCAAGGGAAGAUCAAAAAGUUUUGAUAACUGAUAACCAAUGAUCGGAUCGGAGACAGGUAGCAUUUUAUGUAAUUUUGACGUCGAUUAUGAUAACCAACAUGGAUAAGCUUAUUUCAUUAAAAAUAAAAUCAUGUAUAUGAUGUAAGAAAUUUUCUCAAUUUUAUUAUUCUAGUAUUUUUUUUCUAUUUGCUAUUUUCAAUCCAUUUCGUUUAACAUUGACGCCCCUCUUGUGUUAUAGAGAACGACCUCUACAAAGCGAUAGAGUCUGUGCGGAAAGAGAAGAGUCGGUGAAUGUAUGGGGCCCAAUACAUUCCACGACUCUUCUCUUUCUAAUAAAAAUACAUUUAUACUUAAUAUAAACAUAAUACACGAAAUGUUAAAUAAGUCACAUCCAAGCUAUUCUUUCGUCCUACAAUUACUACCUGUAUCCGAUCAUUAUUGAUUUGCUGAUAAACAAUAUUUUAAUUAUUAACACCUUCACGGAGAUUUGGGAGAAAACAGCUUUUAAACAAAGAACAACUGUCGUGUAAAUUAUACGACACUUUUAAAAUAUAGUUGUGUCAUAUCAUUACGUCAUUAUUGACAGAUAUAAUUUGAUGUGAUUACACCCGAAGAUAUUUGCAAAAAUAAUUAACUGUUUUAAGCGUGAUAUUUGGCUUCACAGUAAGAAACAAGUUAUACGUAAAGACGUGAUGUUGAAGUUAAGCCGUGUGCUGCCAAUACGGCGCGCGGGCACACGCGUGUACGGCGCGUUCCACGACCCGCUGGACCUCGUCACAGGGCUGGAGAAGAGGGAACUGCUUGCCCACCUCGCGGGCGACUGUGACCCUUUCCGUAUCUUGUGCUUUAAAAGAGGUCCGGGAACUCGCGAGCGUCCGAACCUCGUGCCCAGCGCGUUCCACCAGCGCCUGGUGGGCUGCAAGUGCCACCCGGACACGUACCACAUCGAGUGGAUGAUGCUGCACGCGACGGAGCCCAAGCGCUGCGCCUGUGGCUACUGGUUCGAGCUCUGCCCCAUCGCGCCCAUCGUCACGUGAUGUAUACGUAGCACAAUAAACAAAAAGCUAUACAAAAAAAAUCUUUGUGUCGCCUGAAAAUCGCACCGACUAAAAUCGCUAUUUUAUUACACUAGUCGAUCAAAAUAUCCAUAAAGUCGAAAAUUUUGUACACUAGAAUACACAAGCGAAUUGUAAAAAAUCUUUUAAUGUAGUUUUUUCUUUUUGAAAAUCAAACAAAGUUUCCUUUUAGUAAAUGCACUAAGGUAC